GAGAGUGAGUGAGUGAGAGAAGAAUCAGAGAAAAUGCCGCCGAAAUUGGAUCCAUCUCAAAUCGUCGACGUCUACGUCCGAGUCACCGGAGGUGAGGUCGGAGCAGCGUCUUCACUCGCUCCAAAGAUCGGUCCACUCGGUCUGGCACCAAAGAAGAUCGGAGAAGACAUCGCCAAAGAGACAGCGAAAGAAUGGAAAGGUCUUCGAGUCACCGUGAAGCUUACGGUACAGAAUCGUCAAGCUAAGGUCACAGUGGUUCCAUCCGCAGCGGCUCUAGUCAUCAAAGCCCUCAAGGAGCCAGAGAGAGAUAGGAAGAAAGUGAAGAACAUCAAACAUAAUGGCAACAUUUCGUUUGAUGAUGUGAUUGAGAUUGCUAAGAUAAUGCGUCCUAGAUCUAUCGCUAAGGAAUUGAGUGGAACAGUGAAGGAGAUUUUAGGAACUUGUGUCUCUGUUGGUUGCACUGUUGAUGGUAAAGACCCUAAGGAUCUUCAGGAAGAAAUUAACAGUGGUGACAUUGAUAUUCCUAACGAGUGAUAAAGGUUUUUACUUUUGAGUUCUCUAUCGUUUUAUUUUUUGUAUUUGAUUUUGAGGAUUUGGUAUUAGUAAUACUAUAUUUCGGAAGUUGAGAAUUGUUGGCUUUUGCCCAUUUGAAUCCUUUCUUGGGAUUAAUCAAAAUGUUCAAUUUUCUACAAUCUGUCAAGUUGGUUUUGAGUCUCUAAAGAUUCAAGAUUUUAUUUUUGAAUGCUUCACUUGAUUGAUUAGUAGUUGUCGAGAGUGCUUAAGAUUUAGUCUGUCUCGUUUCCCUGCAUCAUUUAGAUUAUGACUUGUUGAAUACAUCAAAAGGUUUAUGACUUUGUAUAAUGAGGUAAUUAGUUGAGUGUUUCUUUGGUUGUUGGUCUUCUAAGGCUAUGUUUAGAUUAGAUGGAAAUGUGAUAGUUUCUGUUUAUUGUAUUAGCAAUGUCCUUUGUGUUUGGUUACCAUCUGGUUUGGGAUAAACCAUUCUUUGUCUACUUCAUUGUGUUAGAUCUUUAGUUUUGAUUGAUAUGAGAUGUUAUUAGAUUGACCGCAAAAACAUAUGUUAAGCUCGGUCCUUCUG